CUUUAUCCACAACCAAAAUGAACAUUUCAGGUUAUGUUUAUAUUUCAUGAAUAAAUUUCACUGCAUUCUGGCAAUAUACUCUAUGUGAACCAUUUUAAAAUUUACAAUAUUUUCAAAAUAGCAAAUAUGGAAGAGCCCACUUCAUAUUCUGUAUUCAAAACAAUACUCGGUUAUUCCGCUCUUAUAUUGGUAUCGCCUAUAUUGAUGUUUUUUGUUUCCAAAAUUAUUCUGAUGGAAGGAAUCUUCAAUGCUGGGCCCAUCGCCAGUAAUGUUUGGUCUGCAAUUUUUGCUGUUAUUAUCUUACAUGUAGCAGUAGGCUUAUAUAUUUACAAAGCAUACUUUGAAGCUGAUAAAGUAAAACAUUUGGUGAAACCAGAUGAGAAAGAAGAUUAGUCUUUUUUAUUGUUAUGAUAAUAGGUAUAUUUAAUGAAAUUUGAUGGAAUUCAUCAAUUCCUUUGUAUUUUGAUGUAUUGAUGUAAUCAUUGUAAUCUAUAUUCAGUAUUUUAUAAAAACCAAAUCAAUUAACAUAGUGGGUGCU